CGUACGGUAAACAACUGCUGCCAACGCAACGUGAAAAAUAAACGGCUGAAAAGAAAAUUUCGAAACGUAAACCUGGAGCCCCUUGUGCUCACGAAAAUAUAUCUAUGAGAUGCGCGAAUCUUGAUCCAUUGCAAAAAAUUUGAAUUUGAAUAAUUACGCAAGGCGAGGCGCACGUGAGUGUUGUCGUGAGAUGAAAUGAAAAGUGGUCGAGGCGAAAGUGGAAAUUGAAGGCAAUUUUCUUGUGAUUACUGUGAUGAGUAACAAAUUGUAUCAAGUGAAAGACAAACAGAUAAGCCUAUCAGCAAUCUUUCCGCUCGCUAUCGGUCGUUCCCGGUUCUGCCAGACACUCGUAAUCUUUAAUUGGAGGGAAGCCAACUGAGACACCUCGAGAGGGGCGAAAGGUUAGAAACCCAGGGGACCAGAAAGCGAUUCCCUGACAUGCGAGCCAGAGUUUCGAAUCCGUGACGACAAUCAUUGCAUCACAAAGAUUAGCAGACAUUAUUGGGAGUAGCCAAGCAAGAUGAGUGCCGCCGGCUGGCUGGAUAUGAAUGCAGCUCUUCAGAACCUCAACUCUCCGCCGGAGUCCUCCCAAAACCCCAGAAGAAAACGGAGGAGCAGCCAUGCCGGACGCAGUGCCUCCACGGCCGGAAUUCAUGGGCGGGGCAGCAUUGGUAGCAUAAGUUCUGGAAUCUUCAAGGCAUUCCGAGAGCGGUUUCUGAGCAGCGAUGACUCUGGGGAUUAUCGGAAAUUAAGGCAACGAGAUGCGGAAUCCGGGCGAAUGGGAGCCAAUGGAACCAGUUCCACCGACAGUUCUGGAGAGGAUGAGGAGCCCAGCAGCAGCAGUAGUGUGGAGGACCUUUUCGCGAACGAAGCGGAACGUCGCAAAUGGCAGAGGAAAAAUUCGGAGCAUAGACGCCGUGCAGCUAGAAAAAAGAAUCUGAUGCAUACCAAGGAGAAGAAGCGUCGGGUGCGGAUAAUCCUGAGCGUUGUGACGGCGGUCAUUGCGUUAGCGCUUUUGGCCACCGCCCUUGUGUUCAUUCUUAGGACGGACGAGAAGGAUGGUGACGACUCUGACUCAAACUCCAAUAACGCCAUCAAUCUGGAGGAUGUUCUUAACGGCCACCUAUAUGCCAAGCGCUUCAACGGCAGCUGGAGCAACGGCAACAGUCUGAUAUACAAAGAGAAUGCGUCUAUCAUGGAGUUCGAUGCCAAGACGGGAGUACGUUCCGUCCUGCUCGAAAAUUCCGCGCACUAUGUGCUGUAUGAGAAGUCUGCGGAUGGGCUGUUUCUGCUGCUUGCCAAGAACUACAGGAAGAACUUCCGGUACAGCUUCCUCGCGGAGUACGACCUGUACAACCUGAACACGAAAACGUUUACUCCGCUGACCAUCCAGAACGAGCAGCGGUAUCUGAGCAUGGUACAAUGGUCGCCGGCGGGAAAUGCCCUGGUGAUCAACUACGACCGGAAUCUGUACUAUAAGGAGAGUGCUUUGGAGCAGGAGAUCGCGCUCACCAGCGAUGAGCAGACGGGUGUACUCAAUGGCAUUCCCGAUUGGGUGUACGAGGAGGAGGUCUUCAGCUCCAAUGUGGCCACGUGGUUCAACCCGUCGGGCACCCAAUUGGCCUUCAUCAAGUUCGACGACUCGUCCACGCAUCCGAUCAAUUUCCCCUACUACGGCGAUGCCGGAGAUCUGCGAUAUCAGUAUCCACUGCACCAGGUGAUCGCAUAUCCCAAGGCCGGAUCGUCGAAUCCGCGAGUGGAACUAGUGAUGGUCGAUCUGGAGAGGGCCGUUGCUGGUAAGGAUUUUGUGACCGUGAUGCCGGUGCCAGCUGCGCUUAAUACGGAGACAGACUAUAUUGUAACCGUGGUCAGUUGGGUGGAUGAUGCCAAUGUCCUGUCCAUCUGGAUGAACCGCAUUCAGAAUGCCGCGUAUGUCGUGACUUUCAGUGGGCUAACCAGGAAGGUGAUCUACAGCGCGGAAUCGAAGACCGGCUGGGUUGAUCUCUAUACCGCUCCCUUCCGAAACCGCAACGGCUCCCGUCUGGCCUUCGUCCUGCCGCACAACAAUUACAAGCACGUCCAGCUGCUUAGCUCCACGGUGUCCAGUGCUGAGCUACAAACGCUGGAACCCCUGACCGAGGGCAAGUACGUGGUGGACAGCAUCCUGCACUGGGACGGGGACAACGACAUUAUCUUCUACACGGCCAACACGGAGGAUCAUCCCGAGCAGCUGCAUCUGUACGCCAUUCGGGCGCUGGCCAAACAGAGCCCCAAGUGCCUCACUUGCAACCUGAUCAAGUCCGGGGAUGUACAGCAGACCUACUUCUCGGCCACCUUCAACGACAAGAACCACAUUGUGAUCACCUCGCUGGGCCCCGGAAUUCCAACUAGCCACAUAUGCGAGUGGAAGUUUGAAAACUCUCAAGUAGUUAUCUCGAAUGUGCUCGACUGGGAAACCAAUGAAAGCCUUCGUGCCAAACUGAAGGGCGUGGCCAUGCCUUCGCACAAGAUCCUGACAGUGAACAUUGACGGUGGCUUCCAGGCGAAGGUUCUGCUCCAGCUGCCUCCCAAUUUGGACACCAGUGGCGCAACCAAAUACCCCAUGCUUGUGGAUGUCUAUGGAGGACCAGAUUCCUACUCUGUAACCAACAAAUGGAUGGUGGACUGGGGCACCUAUCUGACCUCAAAUCAGUCUGUGAUCUAUGCCAAGAUCGAUGGUCGAGGAUCUGGACUCCGGGGCGAGAGUCUCCUCCAUGCCAUCUACCUAAAAUUAGGCACCGUGGAGAUCAGUGACCAAAUUAACGUUACAGAAGCCCUCUCUAAAAUGUACGACUACAUUGAUGCUGAACACGUCGGCAUUUGGGGCUGGUCAUAUGGUGGCUACGCAGCUGCCAUGGCUCUGGCCAAUGAUCAAAGCAAAGUGUUCAAAUGUGCAGCCUCGAUAGCUCCCGUCACGGAUUGGGCUUACUAUGAUUCCAUUUACACAGAGCGCUAUAUGGGUCUGCCUAACACGAAUGAGGUUGGCUAUGCCAAUUCCAGACUAAGCACAAUGGCCGUGAAACUGCGGGGCAAGAAAUAUUUACUGGUUCAUGGCACACUGGAUGACAAUGUUCACUACCAACAGGCCAUGAUCUUGGCCAAAAAUCUGGAGCGACAGGACAUUCUCUUUAAGCAGAUUAGCUACGCUGAUGAGGACCAUGGUCUGACCAAUGUGCGUCCGCAUUUGUAUCAUUCGUUGGAUCGCUUCUUUGGCGAAUGCUUUGCUAGCAGUCGCCUGAUGAAAAGUGCCAAAUAAACAGGGCAAUAAGUGCAAUCCACAGACAAAUAAAAACAGACAUUAUAGAGUAUAAUUGCCAGAUAAUAUCAAAUAAUGAUUAGCUGUGUCUUGAAACAUUUUUUCAGCUGCAACUAGAAAAGUGAAAAACAAAAAUUGGUACUUAAAAAGUUAAUAAAUUGCAAAUUAAACAAAAACUUUAAAAACUAGUUAAUCAGACAAUUCAAAUUGAUAUAAAGUUCAAGUGCUUAAACAAAAAGAUUAAACAAAAACUAUAAAUCAACAUAUUGCAGGUCCAAAAGUGUUAUCAGAUAACUUGGAACAAUAAUCUUUUCAAAUUGCAUUUUAAGACAUUUUAAACUUAAAGAAAACAAAUAAAAUGAACAUCAAAUUAUUUAAAUAGCUGCAAUUGAAGGGAAAACAUUGUCUAGCUAGUGCCUGAUUAUAUUGCUAAUAUAAAACAUGUAUUGUAGAUAUUGCAAUUCAAUUAAUUGUGUAUCCAAACACUUUUCAAGCGCUCCAAUCUAAGCUUACCAAUCCCAAUUCUGAAAUUAGAAUUGGUAAAUAACUUCCUGUAUAGUGAAAACCUAAAGUAGUUUGUAAUUUUUUGUAGCUUUUUAGUUUGCUACUUGUAAAAAAGUAAAAAAAAAUUGUAAAUAAUAAAAA